CGUUCCACCUUUUGCGGGGGUGUUCGCGAACAUUUUUCGCUCUUUCUCUGGUUCUUGUUUGGUCUUCCAAAUCGAACGAAUCAUCAUCUUUCUGACCAAACGACAUUUUUUUUAUUACCUCAUUUUUUCUUUAUUCUUUUCCGGUGCAUUAAAUAUUAUUAUAAUUAUAUCAGCAUUUUUUUGAAAAUAGUGAUUCAAUAUGUUGGAAGGUACUUUAUCGGUGUAUGCAUUUAUUGUGAUUUUCCCACUGGCUGUGAUAGGUGGUUUGAUAUUUUUAAUUAGGAAUUUUAUACGAACGACUGAAUAUUUUGAUGCCGAUGCAAGAUUUGAUGGUAAAACAAUUGUUGUAACAGGAGGCAGUAGCGGAUUGGGACGAACCCUGUCAGUUGAGCUUGCCCGAAGAGGUGCUAGGGUUAUUGUUGCCUGUAGGACAAAAGCCAGAAGAGAUUCGACAGCGUUCUUCUUGCGUAGUAAAACAGGAUCCUUCAAUGUUCGAACCAUGUUUAUGGAUCUUACAAGUCUUGACUCGGUCUAUGACUUCUGUCAAGAGUUGGUGGAAACAGAAGAAAAAAUAGAUGCUGUGGUCAACAAUGCGGCUACACUGUGUCCUCAAGACAAGACUUCUGAUGAUUUAGAUAUGAUGCUAGGUGUCAACUACCUUGGUCACUUCCUGCUCACUAAUCUACUGUGCGAAAAAAUGCUCCAGCAUGGCACGUCCAGUAGUCCAGGACGCAUCAUAAACAUUGUAUGUGGUAGUUUCCGUUCCGGCCACAUUGUGAAUAUGGACGAACUAGAAGGCAAGAUGUCCAGCUACAACAUGAGAAACGUUUACCGAUGCAGCAAACUUGCUCUUCACCUCAUGACUAAAGAAUUGGCUCACAAAUAUGUUGAUGAAGGAGUAGUUUCAUAUUCUGUCGACCCUGGUUAUGUUAACACUGGACUUUACAAGCAUUUAGAGGGCCCAAUGGGAAAACUGAACCAAACCUGCGCCAAAACUCUCUACAGAACAACCGAAGAAGGCAUGCAAACGAUUCUUUAUUGCUUGGGAUCGAAGGAUGUCCUGAAAGAAUCCGGAUCACUCUUUAAGGACUGUCGCAACUGCAACGUCAGAAGCUGCGAGUGGACCGAGAAUAACAUCAAAGACCUUUGGAGCAGAGCUUCAGACCUCAUACUUUCUAAAGGAAUUAAAAUGCAAUUAGCUCCUCCUGAAGAAGAAGAAGAAUCUGAUAAAGGGGACGCCAAGAACGAAGCAGAAGAUUCAGAAUAAUGAAAAAAAAAAUGCUAAGCAUACAGACUUAAUUGAAUAACAAGAAGAACAAAAAAACAUUUAACGGUUAUUUUAGAUUUAUUUGUUGGUGCAAGUAAUUGAGUAGGAUAUUUGAAAUUUUCUUGUAAAUCAAUUAGCUUGACAUAUUUUUUUUUCUAAUAGUGUUUUGUAUUACAUCGAUUGUUUUAAAUUUAAAUUUUGAUAAAUGUCAUAUGGUUUAAAUAUAUGCUUUCUGAUUUGUUUGUUCGUAUAUAACUUAAUUUAUUUUUAAACAUGUUAUUUUUAAAGCUUAUAAUUCAAAUGAAAUAAAAGUAAUUAUUAUUA